AUGACAGUAGCACACAGAGCAUUCCAGAUGCAGGUGCCUUUGCAGAUGGCGCUGCAGGUUCAAAUCCCAUUGCAGGCCCCACUGCAGCUGCACCUACCCCUGCUGAUCACCCUGCAGACGCCACUGGCAAAGCACAUAGCACUGCGGGUGCAGGCCUGGAUAAAGGGCUGCUGGGCUCCGGCCGUGUGUCAGUGCGACCUGGUGAGGGUUGGCAGAGGAGCGUCUGGAGGAGAAACCCCGGCACUGCUGGGGCAGAGGCUCUCCAAGCGCUCGCCAUUGACGUGCACCAUGUUCGCCAUGAAGCAGCAGGACCCCGACUCGAGGGAGCAAGCAUGCAUGCUGUGUCGCCGGGCAGAGGCUGACCCAGAUAUCUGUGGGUGCAAAACAACAAAGAAAGGGCUCUGUGCCCACACCUAUUGCCUGUUUCUUGCCAGCGGGCUUUUUCCGCAAGAGCGCAGGAACGGGUUUCUUGUUGAGGACACCAGACGCGCAAUCCAGGAGGCAGCCCAGAAGCGCUGCUUCGUUUGCGGCGAGAUGGGCGCCACCAUCACCUGCCGGGAGAAGGGGUGCGACCGCAGCUUCCAUCUCCCCUGCGCCUCAGAGGGCGAGUGUGUCACCCAGUUCUUCGGGCUGUACAGGUCCUUCUGCUGGGAGCACCGCCCAAAGCAGGCAGUGCAGGCCACUCCAGAGCAGAGCAGCACCUGCAUCAUCUGCUUGGACCCUGUGGAGGACAAAAAGUCCUACCGCACCAUGGUGUGCCCAGCAUGCCAACACGCCUGGUUCCACCGGAGCUGCAUCCAGAAGCAGGCUAUCCAUGCUGGCGUCUGCUUCCGCUGCUUGCAUUGCCAAGACAAAGAUCUUUUUGUGAUGGAAAUGCUCACCAUGGGGAUUCGAGUCUCCAAGAGACAACCAUCAUGGGAGAGCGACCAAGCCUUUGGACUGGUAUAUCAGAGGCACAUCCUCUGCAGUGCCCGCAAGUGCCUUUGCCCGAGAGGCAGGGAGCAGGCAGAGGAAGAGGGGUCCUGGCAACUGCUCCUGUGCAGCUCUUGUGCUGCCGAAGGCAUCCACCGGUGCUGCUCCUACUUGUGGAAUGGCACAACCACCUGGGAGUGUGAUUGCUGUGCUGGCCUGGGCACUGCCUCCAGUGACAAUUCAGAGCUUGCCAGCUGCAGCACCGCCAGCCAGGCGGCAGCAGGGCUUUCCCACAGCUCCCUGGUGUAUGAGAGCAGCAGGCCCAGCACCAUCACCCAGGCACCCCUGGGGCCAUCCCACAGGUCCCCAGUGCCUGAAAGCAGCAGCCGCUCCAGCCACCCUGGGCCAGACCGGAUCCGACACCGCUCGCGGUUACAACGUCGAGCGCAAAAGCCGUACAGCCGGCCUGGAAAACACCGUGGGACCAGCUGUGUGCCAGCCCCAAGUGCUGAGCCCAGAAGCCCCAGCACUGCCGAGCAGGUGACAGAGGGGCUCCUCCUUGGCACCCUGGCACUCGAGAGGAGCCGCUCCACCUCCGCCAGGCAGGCGGCAUCAGGGCUGUCCUGUGGCGCUCUGGCGCUCAAGACCAGCAGCCGCUCCAGCAACCCUGGGCCAGACCGGAUCCGACACCGCUCACGGUUACACCGUCAAGCGCAAAAGCCGUACAGCCGGCCUGGAAAACACCGUGGGACCAGCUGUGUGCCAGCCCCAAGUGCUGAGCCCAGAAGCCCCAGCACUGCUGAGCAGGUGACAGAGGGGCUCCUCCUUGGCACCCUGGCACUCGAGAGGAGCCGCUCCACCUCCGCCAGGCAGGUGGCAUCAGGGCUGUCCUGUGGCGCUCUGGCGCUAGAGACCAGCAGCUGCUCCAGCCACCUUGGGCCAGACCGGAUCCGACACCGCUCACGGUUAAAGCGUCGGGCGCAAAAACCAUACAGCCGGCCUGGAAGACGCUGCUGA